UCCUCGCGUCUCGCGGGCCCCAAAAACUUAGACUUGCGGGCAAGCGCUUCGCGCGCCCGCGCAGUGUGUAGGUCCCGGGCGGGCGCCUGCGCACGAGCUUUCCGGGCGCGCGGGCUGCGGGGUUAUUAGAGGUGGAGCGCGGGGAGGGCGCGCGGCAGGAGGCUGCCGCCGUUACGGCGUGAGCGUGGUCACGUGGCCGCUGGUCACCGCCGCCACCCCCCCUCCCGCCCUGUUCUCUUUCAGGUCGGGCCGGGCCCGGCCGUUCCGCGAGCGCCCAGCAGACUGAGGGAGAGAGAGAGAAAGAGGAGGGGAGGAGGAGGAGGAUUCAGGGAGUAGGAGCUGGGGAGCCCUGCUGCGCCACAGACAAUUUCUAAAGACUUGGUGAAGGAAGGAAAGCUGUCAGAAAGGCUGCAGUACUAUUACAUUGUUAAUGCUGUAUUUCCACCAUCUCAGUUGAGGGAGAACAUAGCUGGUCUCUAUUUCUUGAUUUUUCUUCAAUUCUUACUUGUCUACCAAGACUUAAUUUGGAGAACUCUGUCAUACUGACCCCGGUGUCAUCUUUGACCUGUAACAAGAACAUGCAUUUUCAAGUGUCAACUGGAUUUGUGGACCAGUAAAAUUCUCCCUGAAAGGUAGUUACUUUUGGUGACAUUGUCCAUUCCCACCAUGUAUCAUUCCUUAUCUGAAACUAGACAUCCUCUGCAGCCUGAAGAACAAGAAGUAGGCAUUGACCCUUUGUCCAGUUACUCUAACAAGUCUGCAGGAGAUUCAAAUAAAAAUGGAAGACGAACAAGUUCUACUUUAGACUGUGAGGGGACUUUUAAUUCCUAUAGGAAAGAAUGGGAAGAACUAUUUGUAAACAACAAUUACUUGGCAACAAUAAGGCAGAAGGGGAUUAAUGGGCAGCUGAGAAGCAGCAGGUUCCGCAGCAUUUGCUGGAAGCUAUUUCUUUGUGUUCUUCCUCAAGAUAAAAGUCAGUGGAUAAGUAGAAUUAAAGAGUUAAGAGCAUGGUAUAGCAACAUUAAAGAAAUACAUAUUACAAAUCCAAGGAAGGUUGUUGGCCAGCAAGAUUUGAUGAUCAAUAAUCCCCUUUCACAGGAUGAAGGGAGUCUCUGGAAUAAAUUCUUCCAAGAUAAAGAACUUCGAUCAAUGAUUGAACAAGAUGUUAAAAGAACGUUUCCUGAAAUGCAGUUUUUUCAACAAGAAAAUGUGAGAAAAAUUCUUACAGAUGUUCUUUUCUGUUAUGCUAGAGAAAACGAGCAGUUGCUUUAUAAACAGGGCAUGCAUGAGCUGUUAGCACCUAUAGUCUUUAUCCUUCACUGUGACCACCAAGCUUUCCUACAUGCCAGUGAGUCUGCACAGCCCAGUGAGGAAAUGAAAACUCUGUUGGACCCUGAGUAUCUGGAACAUGAUGCCUACGCAAUGUUCUCACAACUUAUGGAAACUGCUGAACCUUGGUUUUCAACUUUUGAGCAUGAUGGUCAAAAGGGGAAAGAAACACUGAUGACGCCCAUCCCCUUUGCUAGACCACAGGAUUUAGGGCCAACAAUCGCCAUUGUUACUAAAGUCAACCAGAUCCAAGAUAAUUUACUGAAGAAGCAUGAUAUUGAGCUUUACAUGCACUUGAACAGACUAGAAAUUGCACCACAGAUAUAUGGGUUACGAUGGGUACGGCUGCUGUUUGGACGAGAGUUCCCCCUUCAGGAUCUUCUGGUAGUCUGGGAUGCCUUGUUUGCAGACGGCCUCAGCCUGAGUUUAGUCGAUUAUAUCUUCAUAGCCAUGUUACUGUACAUCCGAGAUGCUUUGAUAUCUAGUAACUAUCAGACCUGUCUCGGCCUUCUGAUGCAUUACCCACUCAUCGGGGAUGUACACUCACUGAUUCUUAAGGCUCUGUUCCUUAGAGACCCAAAGAGAAAUCCAAGACCAGUGACUUACCAAUUCCAUCCAAAUUUAGAUUAUUACAAAGCAAGGGGAGCAGACCUCAUGAACAAAAGCCGGACCAAUGCUAAAGGUGCUCCUCUGAAUAUAAAUAAGGUCUCUAAUAGCCUGAUUAAUUUUGGAAGAAAGUUAAUUUCCCCAGCGAUGGCCCCAGGAACCAUGAGUGGUCCUGUACCAGCGGCCCAAAGUGGUAGUGCCUCCUCUGCUGUAAUUCCCACCAGGACUUCAACAGAGGCCCCAAGGCAUCACCUGCAACAGCAGCAGCAGCAGCAACAACAGCAGAGGCUGAUGAAAUCGGAAAGCAUGCCAGUGCAAUUGAACAAAGGCGAUAUAGUUACAGGAAGCGAUGCUCAGGUUUCUGCUCCUGUCCAGACGCUAACUGACCUCCAAGGGCAAAGUUCUAAAAACAUCAGUUCAUCUCCAAGCAUUGAGAGUUUGCCUGGAGGAAGAGAAUUCACUGGCUCCCCACCUACAUCUGCUACUAAAAAAGAUUCCUUUUUUAGCAACAUCUCCCGUUCUCGCUCACACAGCAAAACUAUGGGCAGAAAAGAAUCUGAAGAAGAAUUAGAAGCACAAAUUUCUUUCCUUCAAGGACAGCUGAAUGACCUGGAUGCUAUGUGCAAAUACUGUGCAAAGGCAAUGGACACUCAUCUUGUAAAUAUUCAAGAUGUGAUACUACAAGAAAAUUUGGAAAAAGAGGAUCAAAUUCUGGUUUCCCUGGCAGGAUUAAAACAGAUCAAAGACAUUCUAAAAGGUUCCCUGCGUUUUAACCAGAGCCAAUUGGAGGCUGAGGAGAAUGAGCAGAUCACCAUCGCAGACAACCACUACUGCUCCAGCGGCCAAGGCCAGGGCCAAAGCGACCAAGUGCCUGAGGCCACCAAACAGGCCUCUUCAGACACGCCAGUGUGUGCAGACAGAGGGAGUUCAGAUGACUUCAUCCUGGUGUCCAAAGAAGAUGAUGGGGGCAAUGCCAGAGGGCCCUUUCUGGGUCAGGCCCAGCCUCUUCGCACCCUCAGAAGCACAUCUAGAAGAUGCCAGGCCCCAGUCUGUUCCCCCCUUGUGUUCUCAGACCCACUGAUGGGCCCAGCCUCAGCUUCCUCCAGCAACCCCAGCUCCAGCCCUGACGACGACAGCAGCAAGGACUCCGGCUUCACCAUCGUGAGCCCACUGGACAUCUGACCGCUGCCAGUCCUGCCUCACAGGGGUUCAGCCACUCCCUCAGUGACCCACGGCCAGGCUGAGGCUCCCCAGCAGAGCCCGAUCUAAACUGAUGCUUCUUUCCCAGCAUGUAUUUGGCACUGAUACAGCCCUUCGGAACCCUUUAGAGAGAAGCAAACGUAGCCAUAAAGCACACAGACUUACCUUCAUCAGAAUGUAGACAGAGCUCUCUAGGCCCUCACCUAACCCUCACCCCACCCUUUAGCCGGGUGAAGGACCCAGUAUCACACAGUCAAAAAAGACCCAGCCACAAUGAGAACCACUUUCCCUCCAUCCCCUUCUCCCAAGCUAAGAAGGUAUGACAACUCCAUUGAUUAUAUUUAGAAGAAAGAGCAAAGCAUCAGGCCUAGGAAUAUUGGAUGAUAUCAAAAACUUCCUCUGUGGGAAUCCAUGUCUCAGCCUACUUGAUUCCUACUCUGAGAAACCAUAUAGCACAGCCAAAUGCAAUAGAACUAGACCCAGUGGAUUCCAGGGCUGGAAAAAAAUCAUUACUGACCUCUCAAACUUACAUUGAUCUUUAGAAAUGGUCUAAACUUAGCAAACACAUCAAGGUGUGAUGUGGUAUUAGAUUUUUUUUUUUUUAAUUUAAGAAUGUAUUUCCAAUCCUCAGGCUGAAUUGACUUUGGCCCUCCCUAUCCCUCCUUAAACAAUUGUAUUUGACCUUUUAGAAUCAUUCACAGCCAGAAAACAUGGUCACUCUAAGCCAGUCUUUGCUACACCAAUUUCAGAAAUUGUAAGAAUAUUACUAUCAGCCGGGUGCAGUGGCUCACGCCUAUAAUCCUAGCACUCUGGGAGG